AUGCUGGAAAGCGGCGGAGGCAAGUGUGAACUUGUGGGUACGUUUUCGCUAGUCACACAAGCAGUUUUGGGACUUUUAUGUCUUUCAUCGUUGCUAAUAAAGAGGUUUUAUGAGUAUCCUAUACGACGGACGUGGCCCGUAUGGGCGUUUGAUGUGUCCAAGCAACUUAUUGGAGCACUAGGGGUCCAUGUUUUCAAUGUUUUGCUCUCCAUCAUCAAAACACUGCCGGGAAUGUUCACCAUCUUCAUCAGAAAGAACCCACCAGAAGACGAAGAUGAUCCUUGUGACUGGUACUUUCUCAAUAUUGUGUUUGAUUGCACCAUAGGAGUUUACAUUCUCUACCUUGUGUUCCAGGGAGUGAACAAAGUUGCCACAAAGUACCUUCACAUAACCCAUAUUGAGUCGGGAGAAUACGGACCAGAUCCACGACGGCCGUCGUUCCGAGCCUACGCCAAGCAGCUUGGGAUAUACUUUCUCUCUCUCAUGAUCACAAAAUUCAUUUUAUAUGGAAUUGUUGAGUGCUUUGAAACCCAGCUUCUAUGGAUCACCAGCCACGUUUUGCUAGUGUGGCUAGACGAAUACCCGGAUGAAUUUGAAAUUUUUGUGGUGAUGUUCAUCGUGCCGAUCGUAUUGAACUGUCUUCAGCUCAUUCUCAUCGACAACUUUAUCCAGGACCAAGCUAUUCACAGAACAAACGAACGAGAACCGCUCCAUCCAAAUAACAAGCCGUACGGAAGUACAUAG